AUGUCCCAGAGUACACCGUAUUUUCGCCCGUCAGCUCAUGCCCAAGGGCUGGCCAACUAUCCACACGCCCGCAUAGUCCGAUCCCGCGACGGAAAGGAUUCAUAUAUCUACAUCUCAGGCACCUCCUCACGGCGCGGCGACGGGACAUUCGUCGGCGCCACUCAGACACAAAAUGCUGCCGGUAAUACCUCGCUUGAUCUUGACAUCAGGCUGCAGACUGCGGCCGUUCUCUCGAACAUCGACGCUAUCAUCCAAGGCGCCACCGACAACCGGGCGACGAUUCGAGACGUCAUCGAUGCGACGGUGUUUUUGACCAACCUCAAGGACGACUAUACUGGGAUGAACGAGGAGUGGAAUCGGGUUUGGUCUGAUCCUGCGACUGCGCCAGCCCGGACAACCGUGGAAGUGCGAGCGCUGCCGCGGGAGGAGAUUCUGGUGGAAAUCAAGUGUGUUGCAUAUGUUGGAUGA